AUGAAAUCUUAGAAUGUUACUGUUAAUAAUAGCUAUUUUAAAGGCAAUAAAGCACAAAAUGGAGGAGCUAUAUAUUUUAAAGAUAUUCAAUAAACAAUUAAUUUUAAAACAUGCUAAUUUGAAUAGAAUACUGCCUUAAGUAGUGGCGGAGCUUUGUACUUUGAAAACAUACCAUCAUGCAAAGUAAUCUUUGACUUGGAUACAAAUAUCAUAAAUAAUAGAGCUUUAAUUGGAGGUGGAUUAAGGAUUGUUUAGACUGACGAAAAUCAGAUUCAGUUACCUUAUGGCUUUCCUUUUAUACAUAAUGUGUAUUAAAAUUUAGCUGAUAUAUAUGGAAAUGAUAGCACAUCAUAUCUAUAAAAUAUUAUACUUUCAAAUAAUAAUUAAUAAAAUAGCUAUUUUUUCACAUUUUAUGAAAACUAAACUAAUAUUCUACCCAAGGAGCUUGAGUAAAGCUUUUCAAGAUUAGCUGAAAUAAAAGAAUUUCGAAGUGGUGGGUUCAUAUAUUUUAAGGUGUAUAUAAUUGAUAACUAGAAUAGAUAUCUGAGUUUCUCAAAAGAGAUGCUGGUAAAUAGUGAAUACCCUAUAGAAAUAGAAUCUGAGCUAAAAAGCAUUUAAGUUUCAAUUUAUGGACUUUAAUCCAAUUAAAGCUUAAUAAAUGGGCAACAAAUAAUAAAUUAUUACUAGUAUAAUUCAUAAAGUUUAGCUUUUGAGUUUAGUGAUUUGUAAAUAAUUGGAUCUAGUAAUGAGUUAUUCUUUUCUGUUAAUUCAACAAUUUAUACCAGUUCUAUUGUUAAAUAACCAAUUCUCUUAUCAAUUAGUUUCAGAAAUUGUAUUGCAGGUGAGGUUAUUUAACAUAUAAAUGAUUAAAUUUAUUAAUGCAAUUAAUGCUAGGAAGGUACUUAUCAAAUAAAUGACCCACUCUAACUUUAUAAUGAUUCUAUAAAAGGAAGAAGUGAUGUAAAUCGAUGUAUAAAUUGUCCUUAAUCUGCUAUCAAGUGUGAAGGAAAUAAAAUAUCUUUAAAAAAUGGAUUCUGGAGAAAAAGCAACUAUACAGAUGAAAUUAUAGAGUGUGAUCCUAUUGUAAACUCGUGUUAAGCACAAAAUCCUCUUAAUAUAAAUUAUUGCUCAACUGGCUACUUGGGCCCUAUUUGUGGGCAAUGCGAUAUUUUAGGUGAAAUUUGGAAAGGUUCACGCUACUCAGAAUCUAUUUCCAAAGGAGUUUGCUAAAUAUGUGGCCCUAAGCUCAAUUAAUGGAUUUACUUGGUUUUAAAAAUAAUAUUUUUUGAAGCAUACUUCUUGAAUGUUUUAGAUAUUUUUAUUAAAAAAUUUAAUUAUACUUAAACUUGUUAUUAUUUGAGAAAAUUGAAAGUAAUUCCAAUCAGUAGUAACAGCAUAUAAGACUAUUCUGGAUUUUACAUAAAAAUAAUUCUAAACUACUAUCAAAUAUCGUCUAUUCUAAUUUAACAACCAAAAGUUAUUUCAAUUAAUUUUAAUUUCUUGAGUGAGAUAUUUGGAUCUGGUGAUAGAUAACUUUAAUUGGGAAUUGAUUGUCUUAUUAGCGAAGUUAACUUUAAGCAAGUAUCAUUUAAAGCAUACAUUAAAUGGAAAUUAGUCUACAAAAUUGGAAAUUAAAUUGGUGUAAUGGGUGCAUUAAACUUAGGUUCUGGCUUAGCAAAGUGCAUUAAUCUCUCCAAUUUGGCACUUGAGCUUUGUUUCAAUAAAAUUGGUGCAAUGGGUGCAUCAGGCUUAGGUUCUGUUUUAGCAAAUUGCAUUAAUCUCUCACAUUUGUCACUUGAUCUUCGUUGCAGUUAAAUUGGUGAUAAAGGAGCAUCAUGCAUAGGUUUUGGCUUAGCAAAUUGCAUUAAUCUCUCAAAUUUGACACUUGAGCUUAUAAACAAUUAAAUUUCUGGAAUGGGUAUAUUAUACUUAGAUUCUGGUUUAGCAAAUUGCAUUAAUCUCUCAAAUUUGACACUUGAUCUUCGUCGUAAUUAAACUAGUCAUCUAGGAGCAUCAUGCUUAGGUCGUGGUUUAGCAAAUUACAAUAAUCUCUCAAAUUUGACACUUAAACUUAAGUUAAAUUAAAUUGAUUAUUAAGGUACAUCAGUCUUAGGUUCUGCUUUAGCAAAUUGCACUAAUCUCUCAAAUUUGACACUUGAUCUUCGAAACAGUUAAAUUGAUGCAAUCAGUGCAUCAAACUUAGUUUCUGCUUUAGCAAAUUGUUCUAAUCUCUCGAAUUUGACACUUUAUCUUUCUAACAAUUAAAUUGAUGCUAUCGGUACAUCAGGCUUAGGUUCUGCUUUAUCAAAUUGCAGUAAUCUCUCAAAUUUGGCACUUUAUCUUGGUUUAAAUUAAAUUGGCAAUUAAGGUACAUCAGCCUUAGGUUCUGCUUUAGCAAAUUGUACUAAUCUCUCAAAUUUAACACUUGAUCUUAGGUUAAAUUAAAUAGGUGCAAUGGGUGCAUCAGACUUAGGUUCUGGUUUAGGAAAUUGCAUUAAUCUCUCAAAUUUGACACUUUAUCUUUAUAACAAUUUAAUUAGUGCAAUUGGUGCAUCAGGCUUAGGUUCUGGUUUAGCAAAUUGCACUAAUCUCUCAAAUUUAGCACUUGAUCUUAGUUACAAUUAAAUUGGUGAUUAAGGUGCAUUAGGCUUAAGCUCAGCAUUAGCAAAUUGCACUAAUCUCUCAAAAUUGACACUUUAUCUUUAGUUAAAUUAAAUUGGUGUAAUAGGUGCAUCAGACUUAGGUUCUGCUUUAGCAAAUUGCAUUAAUCUCUCAAAUUUGGAACUUUAUCUUUAACAAGUAAGUGCUGAAAAAAGAUGA